GGCACUGACUGGCAUCACUGCUGGGCACUGACUGGCGGCACUGACUGGCACAACCCCUGGGCACUGACUGGUGGCACUGACUGGCAGCACUGCUGGGCUGCACUGGUGGGUGGCACUGGUGGGCAGCACUGGUGGGUGGGCACAGGUGGGUGGCACUGGUGGGCACAGGUGGGUGGGCACAGGUGGGUGGCACUGCUGGACACAGGUAGGUGGCACUUCUGGGCACAGGUAGGUGGCACUGCAGAGUGGCACAGGUGGGUGCACUGCUGGGCACAGGUGGGUGCACUGCUGGGCUCAGGUGGGCGGAACUUGCGGGCGGCACUGCUG